GACUAUUUUGGUUACUUCUUAAAAAUUGAUCACAGGCCCAAUUUGGUUUACAGAUUCGGGUCAACCCGAAUAUUACAAACAAUGGGCCUAAUCUUGCCCAAAAAGCAACUAAUUAUACGUACUUCUUUUGACACUACAAAAAAACCCUAGUGAAUCUUUGCUCUAAGCAGCCGCUCAAAAUCCUCCAUCAACAUUCACGAUGACUAAGAGGACCAAGAAGGCUGGAAUCGUUGGGAAGUAUGGUACCCGUUAUGGUGCCAGUCUGCGUAAGCAGAUUAAAAAAAUGGAGGUCAGCCAGCAUAGCAAGUACUUCUGCGAGUUUUGUGGAAAGUAUGCAGUAAAGAGGAAAGCUGUAGGAAUUUGGGGUUGCAAAGAUUGUGGCAAGGUCAAAGCCGGUGGUGCUUACACAUUGAACACUGCAAGUGCUGUUACAGUUAGGAGUACCAUCCGAAGACUGAGGGAGCAAACUGAGAGUUAGAGCAACCAUCUCCCUUCUGGCGCAGCUUAUGAUGUGCCUACUUAUUUCGACAUGUUUUUUCAAUUUUGAGUACUUUAUAAUGUGUCUAGUUGUGUUCUGAGAUCAGACAUUUCAGUUCGAGUACUUUAUAAAUUAGCUAUACUUGGUAAAACUAUCUUAUUCAGACAAUUUUUGACUGAUGAA